GCUUCUAUCCUUUUUUUUCUCAUCGACUUCCACAGUCUUCUUGUCCAAAGAAAAAAUGUCCGGAGAAAUAGGGAAUAUAAGAUCGUCGCUAGUUUCGUCUGUUUGGUUUCAGGAUAAUUUCUCCUGAAGAAUCAUGACCUGUCCUUAGCCUAAUGAUACAUGUUAUUCUUUACUCCUCUUGUUGUUAUAAAAAGUAUUACCUUCCAAUUUUUCUUUGGAGUAUUUGUGAUCGAGAGAUCUCAGAGAGUUUUGUAUCAAUAGAAACUGCGAUCAAAGUUUCCCUUAUGCUAGGUUUGGUUAAAAGCAGUUUUGAACUUCUAUCCUCUGAUUGAAAUCAACUUUUGAGAGUUUAUUGCAUGCGGAGGAAGAUGAUAAGCACAUAAAAGAUAUAUUAGCAUUGUUUAUGGAGAUUCCGAGAAUGCUUGUGAGCAUCAGAUGCCUCAGAAAGAAGAUGCCACCAAUGAUGAUGGAGGCUCUGUCAAGAUCGGCACAACCGGCACAAUUGGCUCCUUGAUGACUCGAGAAAUAGAAUCCAUGAAACAAGCAUCUUCAUCUGCUCAAAGAAAACAACAAACUGGUCCUGUCUCCGUACCCUGUGGUGCUAAUCCUAGGAAAGCAUUGCAAAGGAGAAACCAAACUAAUGAGUAUGGCAGCACCGGCAGCAGCAGUAGUGGAACUGGACAUACACAUUGUUCAAACCAUGAAGAUGCUCAAAAAUCCCAACAUACCCCACGAAAAAAGGGACACCGCCAUGCUCCAAUUCUAAGAUCAGAUGACAGCCCUACAAACCGAAAUAUGGACACUGACAAGGUGGAAAAAAAAGUUCACACUUACAUGGUGAAAGUAGUAGAUCUAAAGUGCGGCAAUCCCAUGAGCAGCCGGCUCAAGAAGCUCAGCUUCUCCAAGCUCUCCGAAUCCAUCUCCUAGCCCUCGGGCAGUUUCUUCCUAUCGGUCCUCAGGUUCCUCCUGUAGCCGCUUCCUGCAGUUCUCUCAAUUCGGCUUGUAUCAGCAACAUCCAUGGCAGAACAGAUACUGGGAAGAAAUCCUCCAGUGGCUGCCACCUUCUUUUUCUUCUUUCCAACUGCUCUACUUGGGCCUGGCUUUUGCUUAGAUCCUCCACUGGUGGAGGCUACGUCUAUGCUCACUUUAUGCUGUUUCUGGUUGGAGACUUGAUGGCAGUCCAGAUCUAGCCGCUGGAGAUAUUCCAUCUCUCGUGAGACCAGCCAUCCUAUUGUUCCUUGAGCACCCACCUCCACCGGAGCUCGCUCAUCAGCCAUUGUUGCUUCAAGGCAAAAUGGGAGGAUGAUGGUAAAGUAGCUUUGAAUGCUGUCCUGGCUUGUUGAAACUAGUCUUUUGUUGUGCUUUGUGGUUGGAGGGGCGGUUGGUGGUUGCCUUUGACAUAAAUGCAUGUUUAGCAAACACAAGACGAAAUUGGAGGAUGAUGAUGGUGUCCUCUACUGCAAUGCACGAUUCGGCUAAUCUUUGCCUGCUUAAUUGA